AUGUGCCAAGCAAUAGGCUUCAAUGCUAAGUGCAGAGUAUGCCGGCUCAACCGUGCCAUAUCUUUCCACCACUACGACCUCUGCACCCCCGCUCAAAAGACCGGGGAUGUAUGCGAAAUAGCUGCGAAAGCCGCCCAUGAUCUUGGCCCUUUCACGCUUAUCUGUGACAGCUGCAAACACUCUCUGGAUCGCCUGGAACGUUAUCGCGGUCAUGAUUGCCGUGUCAUUGGUGUCCCGGCUGAAGAGUCGAAACGCCAGAUCGAGACCUGGUUGGAACAAUUGAAGAAAGAGGAACCCAACAACGAGAACCUUUACACAGCAGCGCGGGACCAGGCUGAGGAAAACAAUGAGCUUCUGCUGCAACAAGAGUUUCACCCGACCAAGAACACCACGCCUCCAGAAGGUCUCAUAUUCUACAAUAUCCGCGAACAGCACCAGAAGCAGAAGCAACAGGACCGGCUGUCGGGAGAGCACCAAGCACAGCCGACUGGGCAACAUCUGCAACCGUAG